AUGUCACUUAGUCUAUUCAAAGUGAAGCAGACUUAUUUUGAGAAACUAUUCAAAUCAAAUGCAAAUUCCGAUCCUAACUCAAACUCAAACUCAUCCUCCUCCUCCUCCAACCACGCCAACAAGAAAGUCCCCAAAGUAUUGCUUCUUGACAAUAUAACCACAUCAAUAAUUUCGUUAUCAUACACUCAAUCACAGCUUUUGUCCAAUGAUAUCAUCUUGAUUGAAUUGAUUGAAAACCACAAACGAUUGUCGACAAUGAAGCAUUUAGACUGUAUUGUCUAUAUCAACCCCAACUCAGCAUCAAUUAAUCAAUUGUUGGAUGAAAUGAAAUCACCCCACUUUCGCAAGUAUCGCGUGUUUUUCAAUAAUGUUGCAGGGAAGAAUGAUAUUGAGCAGUUGGCAGUGGCCGAUGAAUAUGAUGGUAUUGACCAGGUUUUGGAAAUCUUUCAAGACUAUUAUAUUUUGAAUGAUGAACUAUACUUGAAUAAAUCGUUGUCAAUGAGAAAGAGUGUCAAUCCAGUAUUGGAACAAGCUAAAAGUUUGACUAGCUUGCUCUUGGCUUUGAAAAAGAGCCCCAUAAUCAUGUAUGAGUCAAAUUCAAUUGACUUGAAGAAGCUCAGUUCCGAGUUGUUAUACAUCAUCAAUUCUAACUCAAAUAACAAUUUAUUUGAUGAUUUGAAUCAACGAUCAGAUACACCACCAGUAUUGCUAUUGCUUGAUCGCAAGAAUGAUCCCAUUACUCCGCUUUUGACUCCCUGGACUUACCAGUCAAUGAUUCAUGAGUUUUUAACAAUCGAUAAAAAUGUGGUUACAUUACCUGAUAAUCAAGUUAUACUUUCUCAACAAGAUGAUUCGUUCUAUAAUGAGUCCAUGUAUCUAAACUAUGGAGAUUUGACCAACAAAUUCCAAAAAUAUGUCGAACAAUACAAAUCGGAAACUAAACAAUCAUCAAUUGAAAACUUAAAACUGCAAAAUCUAGCUGAAUUGAAAAAAACCUUGACUAAGUUCCCUGAAUUUAAAAAGAUUUCCGUUAAUAUCUUGACGCAUUUGAAUUUAAUUAGUGGCAUAGAUGAACAAAUUUCUAAACAACAAUUGUGGGAUAUCGGUGAAUUGCAACAAACAAUAAUUUGUGAUUUAGACAAUCAACUGGAUAUCAAGAAUAAAAUGAUUCAAGUUUUGGAAAAUAAAGCCAUAUCUACCAUGAAUAAAAUCAAGUUGGUGUUACUUUAUAGCUAUAAAUUCCAUAAUCCUACUGAUUUAUCACUAUUUAUCGGUAAGUUGGAAAAUGAAACCAUAACUUCGCCAUUGCCAAACCCAACGCAAUUGGAAUUGAUGAAGAAAUUUACCACCUUGUUCAAAUCACAUGACCUGGCCUUGGAUUCAAAUCAAGAUCAGCAUGAACAACAUCAGAAUCGUCAAGGAUUAUCAAAUUUAUUCACCAAUCGAAAAGUCAAUAUCAAUAACUUGUUCAACCGGAAUAGUACUAACCAUUCGGGUAAUGAUAACGUUUAUCUACUGUACACACCAAGAUUGAAUCAAAUACUAACCAAUCUACUCAAUCCACACGGUGGCGGUGCAACUUCGAAUCAAGGAUCGAAUUUACACCCCAAUUUGUCUACAUUGUACCCCGAAGUCAUCAAACAACAAUAUGGAGACACAUCCGCUGAUUCAAUUCAAGAUUUGAUUAUUUAUUUCGAUGGGGGAGUGACCUAUGAAGAAUUGCGCUUGGUGCAUGAAUUCAACCAAGAAAAUAGGAAAAUCAACAUCAUUAUUGGUGGUGAUGAGAUGCUCAGUAGUGAUGAAUGGUUAAAGAAGAUGUAUCAAAUGAUUUCGAGAACUGAAAACAGUAAUCAAGGCCAUGAAGAUGGUGGAUUUGCAAUGUCAACUCAAGACAGACAAGCACAACUAAGGGAAAUCUUGUAA